CGGUAGUGGCGCCUGACCGCCGCUGUUUGGAACUAGUUCACCCAGUUCUCACCUGUUUCCAGUAAAUCUAGUAAUAUUUAAUUCGUAACACUGUGCCCUUUCUCGCGCCUGAGUCGAAGACUCCUUUCUUCAACGGUGCUGCCAUGGCCAGUGACGUGCCGAGUGUGACGGAGUUGCUGCAGGAGGCUCGCCGUGUUUACAUGCUGGAGUUUGGAAACGAGUCUCCGCAGGUGGCCGCGUGCGCGCCUGGAAGAGUCAACCUGAUCGGAGAACACACCGACUACAACCAGGGACUUGUCUUGCCCAUGGCGCUGCCCCUUGUGACUGUAGUGGUUGGAAGCCGAGCAUCUGGUCGGGAUGUCACUGUGGUUACGACUUCCAAAGACGCUGAUGAGCCCCGCAGGGUUGUCUUCAACUUGUCCUCAGAUGCUUCCGCACUGUCUCCAGGGUCACCCAGAUGGGCCAAUUACGUGAAGGGGGUUGUGCAACAUUACAGAGCUCCCUUUGUUCAAGGUUUCAGGGCAGUGAUUGUCAGCAGUGUCCCUUUGGGUGGUGGUCUGUCCAGUUCUGCCUCACUGGAGGUGGCUUUUUACACGUUCCUGCAGCAGCUGAAGCCAGAUGAUGGAGACAAACUGUCGAAAGCACUGGCAUGUCAGCAGGCGGAGCACACUCACGCUGGUGUCCCCUGCGGCAUCAUGGACCAGUUUGUGUCUGUGCUUGGCCGAGAAGGCCACGCUUUACUUAUUGACUGCAGGUCCCUGGAGGCCUCGCCGAUCCCUCUGACAGACCCAGACCUUGUCAUUCUCAUCACUAACUCAAACGUGAAGCACUCUCUGGCGGGCAGCGAGUAUCCCAUUCGACGACAGAACUGUGAGGAAGCUGCAGCCAUCCUGGGGAAAGCCAGUUUACGAGAUGCAACAGUGAAGGACCUGGAGGAUGCGAGGGAUCGGCUGAACGAUGUGAACUACAGACGAGCCCGGCAUGUGAUCGAGGAGAUUGACAGAACCGCCCGAGCUGCCGAGGCCCUGAAAAAGGGAGCCUACAAAGAGUUUGGCAAGCUGAUGGUGGAGAGUCACAACUCUCUGAGAGACCUGUAUGAAGUGAGCUGCAGGGAGCUGGAUGAGCUGGUGUCUGCUGCGAUGGAGGUGGACGGACUGUUUGGGAGCAGGAUGACUGGAGGAGGAUUUGGAGGCUGUACUGUUACUCUGCUUCAGGCCAGCGCCGUUGACAAGACGAUUCUUCAAAUCCAGGAGCGGUACAGAGGGACGCCGACGUUCUACGUCACGACUCCGUCAGAGGGGGCUCGAGCUCUGAGUCUGCUGUAGAAACAUCUGGUCACUCUUAGGACCAACAUACUGUAUUUAAUCACAAUGAUAAGUCUGAUGGUAAAGGGGAAACAUUGUAAUACAAUGCUUGUACAAUUUCUACUGUUUAUAUGAAGAAUAAACUUACAA